CUUUUGUGUCCCUUUUCACGGGCAACUUUCGUGGCUCAAUGGAUUUAUUAGAGCCAUGGCUGAUGAAGCUGUGCAGGUCGCGGUGCGGAUCCGCCCCUUUUUGCCUCGUGAGAAAGGGCAGCGGCAGAUCGUCACUGUGCAAAGUGCGAAUGUGCUGAAGCUAAAGGUUCUGACCACCCAGUUGGCCGGGCCACCACAGGAGGAGGACAAAGUCUUCUCCUUCGAUCAUUGCCUGUCUUCGGUCAAACCGAAUGACUCUAGAAGGGACGAGCCUCACGCUCCCCCCAUCACACAGGAGCAGGUCUACGAGGCGAUUGGACAAAAUCUCCUCUCCAAUGCGCUAGAAGGCUACAACUCUUGUUUGUUCGCCUAUGGCCAGACUGGAAGUGGCAAAACCUACACUGUUUUAGGGCAUGAGAGAGACCCUGGUCUCAUUCCAAGAUUGUGUCAGAAUUUGUUCACGCAGGAGUACGAAGAACUGCGAGUCUCUGCAUCAUUCCUUGAAAUCUACAACGAGCAGCUCAAGGACUUGUUGAACCCCCAGAUGAAGGGCAGGAAACCACUCUACGUGCACCAACAUCCGCAGCUUGGCGUGUAUGUCCCGCAUUUGACAGAGGCUCCUGUCGGCAGUCAUGACGAGUGUAUGGCCCUUUUGGACUUUGGCUCCAAAAUCCGAGCCACGUCGCAGACCAACAUGAAUAGCACGUCGUCUCGAAGUCAUGCCCUCUUCAUUCUGCGCAUCACAUUUCCAAUCAAGGAUGAGUCACGAACGCGCAUUAGAAAUAGCACUUUGAAUCUCAUCGACCUUGCUGGAAGUGAGAGAGUGAAGAAGAGUGGGGCAGCAGGCCAGCGGAUGCGAGAAGGGCAGAACAUCAACAGUUCGCUCAGUGUGCUUGGUCAAGUCAUCUCCAAGUUGGCACAAGGGAAGUUCAAGCACGUGCCAUUCAGGCAGAGUAAGCUGACCUAUCUUCUCACAGACGCUUUGAGCGGCAACAGCAAGACUCACAUGGUUGCCGCCAUCUCGCCAGCUCUUUCUGAAAUGGAGGAGACUCUUGGAACGUUGCGAUUCGCCUCUUCAGUAAAGAAGGUGCGGACACAUGCUGUUAGCAACGAGCAGGAUGUUGGAGAGAGCGAUCUCCUCCUGCAAACGAUGCGGUCUGAGGCAGAGGAGUUGAAGGCAGCAGCCCUGAAAGCGAGCGUGGAGAGUCCUCAGCAGGCCCGGCGCUACAUGAAGAGUGCUGAAGCUGUUGAGCACGCGGUCUUGAGCAUCCAGACCAGGAUAGACAAGACGAUGUGGUCACAGGCCCAGUUGAAGCAGCAGGAGGCAUCACGCCUGCGUUGUGAGGCACUGGCCGGGCUGAGCCUGCCUUUCAACAUCGGUGGCAUGCUUGGAGGUCAGUCUGAGCAUGCCGUCACGGCCAACUCGCCAUAUUUGUUGAAUAUUUCUGAUGAUAUUUCUUUGGCGGGCAGGCUGCUGUACUUCCUCCCAGAAGGUCCACCAAUUAGCAUCGGAUCAGAGGAGAGCAACAGAAUCCGCCUGAUGGGUUUGGGAAUUCCUGACCACCUUUGUGACAUCUUGGUCGUGGCAGGUGGAAAAGGAGUGGAGGUUCAGCAUUGCGGUCGGGGUGGCCGACUGGUUGUCGACGGAGUGCCUGUCAGCGACAAUCAGGCGAUCGCUUUGUACAAUGGAGCUCGCAUCAUUUUUGGCCGUGCUUUUGCUUUUAGGCUUGUCAUCCCACUUGCAUCGCAGGGUGGUGGGCGUGGCAUUGAAGACGAGGAUUUGCUCAUGCGUGCGGCAGCGCUGCCAAGCCCAUUCCCAGCUUGCGAGGGUGACACCUUGCAGCGGUUACGCCUGCUCAUAGAGACCUCAGUUGCACCAGUUCUGGGUGAGACUGAGUGUGCAGAGAUCAUGAGAAGAGCUGGUGAGGUGCACAAUGACGUAGAUGAGGCCAAUGAGCUUCUCAAGGAGAUUGAGCAAACACCGUUGCAGGUUCUGGAGGUGGGGUUGCUGUUGCGUGCGCCACCAGAGCGACCAACCACCACAGAGCACAUCGUCUCACAGAACAAUCGGCAGCCGCAGCUAGUGGUGCAUUGCUCGCGACUGGCAGAUGGCGAGCUAUUGUCCGUUUGGCCAAUACCUCGUUUCUACCAGCACUUGGAGGAGUUGCGAGACUUUUACCAGCAGCGGUGCGACAGGAAGCGCCAAGGUCUACCUGUUGACGCACACAGAGGAGUGUCCAUGGCUUGGGAGGAUGCAGUGUCUUCGCCUACGAACAUCCAGCCUCCAAGGCCUUCGUCCAUCGAAAACUCCAGUGAUGAUUCAGAUGGCGGAGACAGGUAGCAAAAAUUCACAUGAAAUCCUUCGAAUUGUUU